AUGGAUUCGCAAUACCAGGGCGGCGCUCCUGCGCAGCGGCCCAUGGCACCGGCGCCUCUGUUCUCUACGGCCGCUCCACAGUACUCGUCCAACCCACAACAGGCUCCCAUGAUGGCUCCUCCAUACCAACAGCGCAGCUUCCCUCAACAGCCAGCCCCUCAGUAUGAGGCUCAAGGCAGGCCGGACAACGAGUAUCCGAUUGAGAAAACACCCUUCGCAGACACGGAGGCUCCUCAGUAUCAGCAAAAUGACAGCCGGCCACCGCAGCCCUUCAUGGCGCCCCAACCGACACAAGCCUACAAUAACAACAACCCGGCCCAACAACUGCCAAAUUCCCGAUACCGACCUGAAAGCCCGACUCCGUCGCAAGCGUCGAGUCAACAGAGCACACCUAGCGCUUUUCGGAUCCAGGGCACCAUGAGUUCAAAGUAUGUUGGUGGGGGUUUGCGGCCGCGGACCAUGAGUCAACAACAGUCGGCGAUGCAAGGACUCGCUUAUCCGCCACCAAUAUCACUCCGCGGGCCAGAUGGUCCAAGACAGGCUGGGUUCCAGCCCAACGGACCUGCCAUGAUCUCGCGCGCGCCGACGUGGGAGGAGCCGAGCCGGAAUCCCUAUAGGGCUCACUCGACAAGUGCGUCGAUAAGUGAGAGGAAACCGUGGGUCGACGACGAAAAGAGGCAGGCCCCUGCCCCGCUGGGUGACAUCUCUGACCUCGAAAAGCUGGUCGAGAAGCAGGAGCAGCCGCAGGACGGACGGCUUCUCACAUCACCACCCGAUGCUCCUCGCCCCAAGAUUCCAUUGAGGCAUCGCAUAAAACACUUUACUUGGGCUUGGUACACGUGGACCAUGGGCACAGGGGCUCUGGCCCUUUUGAUAAUAGCGCAACCGUUCCAGUUCACAGGCCUCAGAAGUAUUGGGCUUGCCGUCUACAUAUUCAACCUCACCUUGUUCUCCACCAUCACCAUGACCAUGAUUAGCCGGUUCGUCAUGUUCCCCGGCACUUUUGCAAAGUCCAUACGGCACAAGAAGGAGGGCUUUUUCGUUGCUACCGCGUUUGUGUCUGUAUCCACGAUGAUCAGCGGCGCACACAGAUAUCUCAUUCCAGAAAACAGCGUCGCUUUAAAUACAUUCAUUCAGGUCAUGUUUUGGAGCUAUGUCACCGUCUCCAUGAUCGCCACAAUCACUCAAUACAGCUACAUAUUUACCACUCACCAGUACGGCCUCCAAGCCAUGAUGCCGGCCUGGCUCCUACCAGUCCUGCCCAUCAUGCUGGCGGGCACCAUCUCUUCAGUCAUCUCGGCCACGCAGCCCAGCAUGCAGGCCACGUCCAUCAUCGUCGCGGGACUGCUGAGCCAGGGCCUUGGCAUGAUCAUCAGCCUUUUGAUAUACGCCCACAUGAUCGGCCGCCUCAUGUCCAGCACGUUCCCCGACCGCGAGGCCCGACCUGCGCUCUUCAUCCUGGUCGGCCCGCCUUCCUUCACGGCCCUCGCCUUCAUCGGUAUCGCCAACAACCUCCCCUCCGACUUCGACAUCCGCCUCAGCACCACCACGCCGAUCCUGCCCGGACAGCCCGGCGUCACCGAAAAGGCAGUCAUCCAGCUCAUGGCCUACGUGGUCGGCACCGCGCUCUGGGGCCUGAGCCUCUGGUGGUUCUCGAUUGCGCUGACGGGCGUGCUGCGCGCUCCGCCUAGGUACUUUCACCUCCCCUGGUGGGGCAUGAUAUUCCCCAACGCCGGCUUUUCACUGGCUACCAUCACUUUGGGCAAGUCGUUUGGCAACGUCCAGAUUCAAAUACUCGGCACUGUCAUGUCGUCCCUCGUGGUGCUGCUGUACUUGUAUAUUUUGUACAAUCACAUCAGGGCUCUUUUGAGGAGGGAGAUUAUGUAUCCUGGUAAAGAUGAGGACACGGACGAUUGA